GAACGGUGUGCGAGGGAGGGCUGCGCUGGAAAAACAGAGGAGGUGACAGAAAGAAGAGCGAGCUGACAUCGAUGCGUCUGGCUGGAUUGGACCUGAGCGCGGUCACGAUAUUACACCAAGUGUUGUCCUGCAAGCGAUGGAUUCAUGUCGGCACCCUGAACAUUAACAGAAGCGAGCUUUCAAUAUCCCAAAAUGGAGAACUUUACAACCGGCAUCCAGAAUGUCACAAGAGUGGCAAAGCUGAGCAGAAUGCCUCAGAAUCCCCUGGAAGAGCAAGUCAUAACUAUAUUGCUGACGCUGCUCAUCUGUGGACCGGGGAUUGCCGGAAACAUCAUGGUGGUUCUGGUGGUGUUGCGGACCAGGCACAUGGUUACACCCACCAACUGCUACCUGGUUAGCCUGGCGAUGGCUGACCUCCUGGUGCUCCUGACCGCUGGCCUGCCCAACAUCUCCGACGUGGUGGCCUUCUGGAUUUAUGGCUACGCGGGAUGUGUGUGUAUCACCUACCUGCAGUACCUGGGCAUCAAUGUUUCCUCUUGCUCUAUUACCGCGUUCACCAUUGAACGAUACAUCGCCAUUUGUCACUCCAUCAAAGCUCAGCUCAUAUGCACCGUGUCACGGGCCAAGAGAAUCAUUGCCAGCGUGUGGAUCUUCACCUCCCUUUACUGUAUUAUGUGGUUCUUUUUGGUGGACACCAACGAAACUGUUUACACUGACGGCGUGACAGUCACCUGCGGUUACCGGGUGUCCAGGAGCUUAUACAUGCCGAUCUACUUCCUGGACUUCACUUUGUUCUAUGUGAUCCCACUUGUCGUCGCCACGGUGCUUUACAGCCUCAUUGCCAGGAUUCUUUUUAUGAGCCCUCUGCCCUCGCACCUCAACGAAAGAGGCUCAGUUCAUCGAGGACAAUCCCGAAACACCAAAGAGACCCACAAGGGGGCGAUAUCUGCCAGGAAGCAGAUAACAAAGAUGCUAGCUGCAGUGGUCAUCCUCUUCGCCGUCCUCUGGCUGCCUUACCGCACGCUGGUAGUGCUAAAUUCCUUUUACGACCCUCCCUACCACAACACGUGGUUCCUGUUGUUCUGCAGGAUGUGCAUCUACACCAACAGCGCCAUCAACCCCAUCAUUUAUAACCUCAUGUCCCAGAAGUUUAGGGCCGCCUUCAAGAAGCUCUGCAGGUGCACUCGCCGACACAACGAAGAGGUUGUGGAGUACAACAUGCCUGUUUAUUACAGCGUGAUCAAAGAUUCUUCACGGGAGAGCAAUGAACCCAUGACAGAGCAAGAGGAGAUCAACGGAAGGACCAUCAAGAGGUUCAACUUGGGAGAUAAUAAUGCAUAAUAUACAAUGAUUAAUAGGAUUACUGUAUGCAUAAAAUACUGUUGUUUUGGCCCUACAGUAGCAAAUAUAAACAAACACUACUGCUGAUUGAUGUCAAUUGAAUGUAAAAUUUCCUAUGACAAAUAGAGAUGAGGUUAAGCAUUCAAACACAAAAGCAGACAUUGCACUUGUGUCCAUUCUAAUUCAACAUAUUGGCUACCAUUGACUGCGAUAGACAUCCAAUCCAUUUGAACUGAUUGGGCUAACAGUGGAUGAUCACUGUCGCUGGCAGCAAGUGAUUUAAAAAUUCCAACAAUAAAAAGGCUAAUUUGGGAAGAAAACAAUAUCGUUGGCGACUAAUUCCUAUUUCCCACUUUUGUCGCUAUUGAUAUUACUGGGUUUGAGCCUUACUAACUACUUACUAGCCUAAGUUCAAUUUGUUGUUUUUUUUGUUCCAAAAGGAACACAAGCAAAAUUGUGAAUAUUGAUGUUUUUCAGGUGAGUGCUGUUAUCGUGAUUUUGAGCAUUCAUGAAUUUCCCAGAUAUACUGUAUUAAACCCAAUGGCGGUUUACAGUAUUUGGUCUUUGACACAACUUGCUAUUGCAGCAGCACAUGGGAUGAUGAGUAAAAAUUUGUGAAAAUAAGCUAAUUGAAGAAAGAGAUCCCUGAAUUGAAAAUGAACAUCAUAACUGAUUGCAAAUAUUUGCUGCAUCUGAUGACAUUUCUAAAGUAGCCUAAAUGCUAUCAGCCCUUCCAAUUAGGCCUUAACAAUAUAGGAAAAAACUUUCAUUGCGAUUUUUUUUUUUUUUUAGGGGGGGAUAUAUAGCGAUAUUAAAACUAGAAGAAUUUUCAAUUUUCAAAAAAGAACAAAAAAAAAAAAAAAACAUUGCAAUACAUACUGUAUUGCCAAGGCUCUAUCUACACUUACUUUUUGCAUUGGAUGCACCAAACUUUUUUUUCAUUUGUAGGCGAUCACUUUUAACGCCAUACUUUUAAUCACACUCUUAAUCACUUCAGAAAAUUCAUAUGAGGGAGUCGACUCAAAUUCCCCAACGGUUUGACGCUCACGCUACCGACAACAGCCUCUCACUUACACAAUGAAUCAGUUGACAGAGCACACUUCAGACUUAGGGACAGUUUACAUGGCGACUCUGCGACACAAAGACGCAAUGACUGAGUUGCGGACUCGCCUCGCGUGCAUAUGUUGUCGACGAAGACGGAAGGCGAAGACGAAAAAUUCUGAAUCCUGCCUCCAAAGUGGAAGAAUCCGAUUGCAGGGGGUUGAGGGCCCUUCCUUGGCAUGCAUUUCAAAGGCUCCUACGGCGCAAGACUGGCUGUUAACGUUAGCACUCGUACACGUCACAUUGGGCGUGCGCAGCGGUGCUACUAAACAUUAGAAACAGCAAGUAUGGUGGAAUGUUGGCUUUAAUUUACUGUUUUAAUAAUAUUUUCAAAUUAAAUUAAUAAUAUUUUCAAAUUAAAUAUGUAGAACGUUUCAACUUUUGUGCCGUUUUGAACAAAAGAAAAAUGACAUUGCUUCGAGUUGGCGGGCAUAUUUUUUUUCCGGGCUGAGGGAGCUUGGUGGGGUCAAAGUGCAUCAUUCUCUGUCGUCCAGUAAAUCUGCACUGCCCCCUAGGGCCUGGCAUGAAUACUACAUCGUUUUCAUGCGGAAUUGCGACAUUGUUCAAACGGAGACGCAAAUGCAAAUGCAAAUUUGAAAUUGUUCGUAUUCUUGGAGAGUCACCAUGUAAACUGCCCCUUAGCUGCAAGUUUAACAGUGAUUAACACAUUUGUGCCUUUCAUCGCAGAGACACUGAGGCUUCUUAGGCCAGAUCAAAGCUACAAACCUGUCAAUCAUCGUUAACGUUAAGUACCAAAUGACAGCUGCACUGGUGACCAAGAAAAAGUUUGGCCGCACUGCCUUAGUAGGAAGGAAGGUGAGAAUCUGUGGCGCUGUACGAGCAUAAAGCAGAAAAACAUGAAUACAUUUUUUUAUAUUAAAAAUCCGAUUCUUUUUACCCGCUUCCGAUCCUCUGAAAAAUGGUGCGAUCAGCCUAAUUUCCAAUCAUGUGAUCGAAUCGGGGACAUUCUUAAUUUAUAAAAUGCCAUUUAAUCCAGGCUUGCUGGAUAUGAAAGGAAUCCAGGAUCUGCACAGUUGCUGCUUUUUUGAAGUAAAACAAAAGUUUACAUGUUAGAAAAAUAAACUAUUGCACGUCCUGCGAUGUGACUAUUGCGCAUGCGCACAUUGCGAUGGCGAUGUUCAAACGAUAUAUUGUGCAGGCCUACUUUCACGCAUUUAUUUUCUGACCUGAGUCUUUGAAAAUUGGGUGGGAAUCCCAUACAAGAGCAGAAGGGUUACUCGCUGGAAUUGAGUUUGAUGGUACAGCUACUUGACAUACAAUUAGUUCCAUGCACUUUUGCGUCUCCGUGUACGUGCAGAUUGCCCACAAAAAAAAAAAAAAAAAAAAAAAAAAAUUGGAAUCGCUUUGGAUUUUUGCUCCAGACCGAUGUAAUGUAAAUGUGGCCUAAGAUAGACAUUUUUAAAACCUGAUUUUCUAUGAUUGCACAAUGUGUCCUCUUAUAAAUUGGGUUUUAUGAGAUAAAAUCUUUAUUUUCAAUGGGUUUUCAUCUCUAUUUAUGCCUACAUGGCAUCAGCUUUAAUGAUUGAACUCCUACUAAUGUCAACCUAUACAUACAUCCAGUUUUUCCGACUUAAGGCAGCGGACCAACCAAUUACAUACAAACAGAACAAAUAUAACAUUUCUAUAACUUGUACUAAUAUUCAUCUUUUAAGAACUACAAGUCUUUAUAUCCAUGGAUCACUUUAACAGAAUGUCAAUAAUGUUAAUGCCAUCUUGUUGAUUUAUCGUUAUAAUAAACAAAUACCGUCCUUAUGUACCGUAUGUUGAAUGUAUAUAUCCAUCUUGUCUUAUCUUUCCAUUCCAACAAUAAUUUACAGAAAAAUAUGGCAUAUUUUAUAGAUGGUUUGAAUUGCGAUUAAUUGCGAUUAAUUACGAUUAAUUAAUUUUUAAGCUAAUUAACUCGAUAAAAAAUUUUAAUCGUUUGACAGCCCUACAAAAUACACUUUUUUUUUUUUGUAACUGUGUCAACAUCAACACGAUGUAGUGUAUGUUGACUAUACUUUCACUAGAUUAAUGGGACAGGCUUGCCGUAUUACCAUGGAGAUGCGAGUGAUUAGAAAUGCAGAGACGUACUUAACUUGAUUGUAAUCCAACAAUGAUACAACACUUGAUGCAAUGAGAGGGCAUGGUCUGGAUAGUCCAUGGGAUAGUUCGUGUUGUAUACUGUGAUAAUGUAACCUUAAUCAGGAGAAGGAAGUAUCUAUCUUCCUCUACUACAAGUGCCCUUCAGGUUGUGUAAAUGCUGCAGCACAAAAAGCCCAUUGAGAGCACCAUACAACAUCAUGUUUGUUUUGCCCAUCUAUGUUGUUCCAUGGCCAUUUGAGCUAUUGUGUGAUGUGAGACCCUGUCUUCGAAAGCAUAUUUGAACAAUUUGAACAAGCAGCAUUUGUUCGGGUCAUAUUUGAAUGAAAUUUGAAUUGUUUUUGAGGGUUUUUGCUUUGCUGGGCUGCAUAUACAAUCUUGUCACACAAAUGGUGGUGUGUCAUUUAAAUACAGUGGGCCACAAAUCUGUGCUCUAUUUUUAGUUCAUGCUUUAUUUUAAUUUACAAACAAAAGUGAAAUGUCAGUCUAUGAUUGGUCCUGCUUAGUUAUUCAUUUUGACAUCUACAUAACUUUAAAUAAACCCAUGGUUGUAAUAGCAAGCUUUGUGUCAGCCUAUUGCAAGAGACGAUUGUCAAUGAUAACGACCCAGCCAUAUUUUUGAAAUGUCAAAAAUAUUGUAUGGAGCAAUUUAGUUCUGAAUUGCUUCUACAACUCCAAUUUACAUGAAGUAGGGAUGUUGUGUUAAACAUGAAAAAAAUUAGAAUACAAAAUUCCCAAAUCAUGCUUAAACUGAUUAACUUGGUUGUUUUUAGUAAAUAAUGUUCCUAGAAGUGUUUGAUAAGCAUUUCUCAACAUUCUCAGUCUUUUCUUUUUUGCCACCGGCCCCAGCUCUUUUGGAACGUGUUGUAGCCAUAAAUUUCUAACUCAAUGGUUAUUAGCUAAAAACAAUAAAGUUCAUCAGUUUGAAAUGUAAAUACCUUGUCUUUGUGGUGUAUUCAAUUAAACUUAGGUUUAACAUGAUUUCAUUGCAAAAAUCACUGUACUGUAUUCUUUUUUUUUUUUUAUGUGUAACACAACCAAUGUUCCUUCUAAUUUUUCACGUGUCUGAGCAAACACACAAGCUCCCAGAGCACACUGCGGACCACGGUGAGCAACAUGAUUCUCUGCAUGUCCAGUCCAUGUUUGGAGUAAAACUGAGUUGUUGCCUGCACAAUAUUCUGAGCAGUGCAUGCUGUCAGCUGGAUGAUGCCACCGAACACAGUUUUAUAGUUAACAUAAUUUUCCUCCCUGUAUUUAAUAUACAGAACUAGCAUUUUGUGUACUAAUAUGUCAGUGCUCUCAUCUACUAUCAGUGUAUGCCAGAGUGCAUUUUUAACACUGCACAUAGUCUCAUUCUCCAACAUCUCAUUGAUUGAGAUUACAAAUUCAAAGGCAUAGUUUUUGCUUCGCCAGCUUUCUGGA